CGAUUCUCCAAGGUGACCAGGAGCACAGGAGGGUAGUACAGCCAAUCUUCGCCGAGAUUGCUGCUAGUUCUACAUAGUACAGCCAAUACAUCCAAUACAACCAAUACAGUCAUCCUUUCAUACUACCUAGAAGUCUAGGUAUCCCUGGUCUAGGCCGCCUGGCAUUCUGCAAAGUCACCUAAGUCAAGCCGCCUAAGUUGCCUAACAUGAAUGCUACAAAGAGAAAGUUCAAUGCCUUGUUGCAGGGACUCGGCGCAAAGCCAACACCUCAACCGCCAUCAGCAGAUGAACAAAAUAACAAUAACAAACCUAGCACCCAGUCAACUCGCCCUCUGACACCAACUUCAACCCUCGCGCCCGACGACACAUCUACGCAGACGAAAACCAUGGCUCCGACAGGAAUACCUACAACACCCAGUGACAUAUUUAAGCGCCGACGUGUGCUUGAAUCAACCACUGGAAAUGAAAAGACAGGUUCAACUACCAUUUCGAACGUCGUGCUGAAGAAGUGGGCGCCAGGGGGCAACGCCGUCUCUCCUAGCAAGUCUCCCAACAAGGAAACAAAAACAAAAACAGAGCCAGAACCAGAGCCGGCCAAGUACUGUCCCAGCGAUCGCGAUGAAUUAAUACGACGACUUAGGACUUUCCAGGAGCUGACCGAAUGGACACCGAAACCAGAUAAAGUCAAUGAGAUCGAAUGGGCAAAGAGGGGCUGGGUUUGUCAGGGAAAAGAGCGUGUACAAUGCACAUUAUGUCACAAAGAAUUGGUGGUCAAGAUCAACAAGAAUGAGGUAGACGGCAAGGAGGUCCCAGUCCUUGUAGGGUCGGAUAUUGAGGAAGCUUUGGUGAAGAGAUUCGUCGAGUUAAUCAUCGAUGCGCACCAAGAUGCUUGCUUAUGGAGAAAACAAGGGUGUGAUGACACUCUACUCAGACUACCUCUGGCAAGUCCUCCGAGUGCUCAUGCCUCUCUGCGCCAACGAUACGAUGAUCUUUGCGCGCGACAGUCAUUCCUCCCAUACCUCUUCAACCUCCGCCUACCCGCAAGCCUGGAUCUACAAGCUGCCAAGUCGCAACUUGGCCCAGCAUUCUUCACGCAACCUCCGCCACCAAGCACAAAUCCAUCAACUCCGAAUGACGUUGCUCUUGCUCUUGCCCUCACUGGUUGGCAAGGUCUUACAAACCCACGCAUUGGCGCAGUGCCGAACUCGGCAACCUGUGCUACAUGUUUACGUCGUCUUGGUUUAUGGAUGUUCAAGAGCAAGGAGGUGGAUGAAGCAACAGGACAAAUCAUCAUUCCAGCACCUAUGGAUUACCUUGAUCCUGUGCGCGAGCACCGAUUCUUCUGUCCUUGGCGAAACGCCACCACCCAACAUAAUCCAGGUGCCAAGACAAUGGACAACAAGACUGCUUGGGAGGUGCUCGUACAAACAGUCAAGAAUCACGCCUAUCUUCGCAUGCAAUCGGAGAAGAGCGGCCAUCGCGGUAUCCUUCAUCGCCCCACCGCAUCCGUUCCGGUAACGCCAUCCAAGAGCGUUAGAACGGUAGAUGAGGGGUCGCCUAUAGUAGUAGACGAUGAAGAUGAAGAUACCGCCGUCCGAGACGCAAAGGACAAGGAAAGAUGGGCGCGACUGAGAAGAGUAAAGAGCCUGUUCAAUACGAAGAACGGGAAGAAGCUGCAACGAACACCGAGUCGCCCGGGCACCGGUGCUUCAAACCGUCCUCCUACUGGGCACUCAAGGGGGGCUAGCGUACCACCUGAGACGGUUGGAGAGAAGAAAUAAAAGAGAUAUACGGAGAAUUGGAGAAGAGUAAUGUCCAUAUAUUUAUGGAUGGUUGUAAAUUGUUUGUCUGGAAUAUUGUACUCUUAAGAAAACUGAAUUGGUAAUAACUGCAAGAUACCCAACCCACCUGUACUUACAC